AUGAUAAAUCCUAUUUAUAAACAGUUAAAAGAUGUCCCCGUAAGCGAUCUCAACAAGACAAAACUAACAGAAUUGGCUAGUUUCUUAGCAGGCGAAGUAGAGCGCCAAGAAGAAACCAAAUUGCAAGAAACUACCGAUUUCAUUAUUUGUGGGAUUCUUGUUGAUAUUUGCCAACAGGAUUUGUCCAGAGCUCAAAUCCAGAACCUCAUAGAGAGUCCUGAAGUAGCAGACCUUUUUCACGGAGUAUUCGUGGAAAAGAGAGAUGCUUUACGAGCAAAUAUGGACAUCAUUGGCUGGGAUUAUCCCGAAGUUGUCGACUUAAAUUGGACCGUUGGUAAAGUGAUGGAGUCCCCUAUUUUGAUGAAUAUCGGUAAACCUUGUGCUACUUUGAAUUUCAACACAACGUGUACUGAUGAAGCGAAAGCCAAAAACUUCCAGUUCAAUUUUGAUCUGAAAAAACUACAAGAUUUAAGUUGGAAUGUGAAAGAGGCUUUACAACGAUAUGAAGAGCUCAAAAAACUCAAACCUUUAUAA